AUCCUGGGGAUUGAGGAAUGUCUCCACACUUCCCAGAGCCUUGAUAUCUGCGUGAAUUCUCUGAGUAAUUGUCUCUGUGUGUUUAUGGGUGUAUGUGUGUGUGUGUAUGAAGAUAGAUCCUGUAUUACUAGUUAAAGAGAGAGGAUUUUCUGUCCAGAUGAGAGAGUGGACCGAGCUGGAGAUGAGCUUCACGGCAGGGGGGUUUCUCAGCACCUCAGAUGGUUACUGCUCCGCUGAGCAGCUCCAGUACUACGAUAUGCUGGCUGACCCCCUGGGCUAUCCCCUGCAGGACCCUGACCUCCAGCUCCUCCCAUACAGCCAACAACAGUAUAGUCCCGCCAACCUGCCCUUCUCCCACUAUGGUUCUCCACCCUCCUCUGCCCCCUCUCCCUCCUCCUCCUCCUCUUCCUCGCAGUUCUGCAACCCACCAUACCACUACAGCCCUCACUGCCUGGAGGCCGCUUGCGAUCCGAGCCCCGAGCCCCACUGUGGGGGUCUCUUUACUCAGGGCCUCGGAUCUGUAGGACUGCCAAUGGGGCGGAGGUCCCGGAUGGGCUCGGGUGGAAAGAGCAGAGGUCAGGAUGAGCUGUGUGUGGUGUGUGGGGAUAAAGCAUCAGGAUACCACUACAAUGCUCUUACCUGCGAGGGAUGCAAAGGAUUCUUCAGACGCAGUGUCACCAAGAAAGCUGUGUAUCACUGUAAGAGUGGUGGUAGCUGUGAGAUGGAUAUGUACAUGAGGAGGAAGUGUCAAGACUGCCGUCUGAGGAAGUGCCGAGCUGUGGGAAUGCUGGCUGAAUGUCUGUUGACUGAGGUGCAGUGCCAAUCCAAACGCCUGAGGAAAGGAGGUAAAAGCAGAGGGCAAGAGGAAGAGGAGAACACAGACAGCAGGAGAGUCAGCUCUACCAGCAGGCUACCCGGACAGGCUUUGUCUGCCAGUUUAACCCGAGAACAGAAAUACAUCGUGGAUAGGAUGGUGGAGGCCCAUAGGCUCUACAGAGGUCAGGACAGUAGCAAUUUUAGGGCAUUUGAGUGGCUGUGUCCAGAAGAAGUGGAAGGCCUGUCUGAUGUAGUAUCACCCCGCCUACAAAGGCUGCUGCAGUUUGCCAGGACAGUGCCAGGUUUUGACCUCCUGGAUUUCUCAGACCAGAUUUCUCUGCUAUCCAUCUCUUCAUUGGACGUCAUGUUCCUGCUCUCUGCCCAGCAGUUUUCCCACAACCCAACAAGCCCCAGUCCAGUACUGCAGCUUUUCAGUAUGUCAACACACAGCUUUCUCAGAGAUGUAGAAUCAAAGGAAAACAUCCACAGCAGGGGACUCAUUGGUUCAGAGAACAGUGAGGAUCUCUUUGCACCAGUGCUCAACUUCUUCCACAGCAUGGUUGCGCUGCGGGUGACGGAGGCUGAGUACACCUUGCUUACAGCCACAGCGCUGCUCUGCUCAGACCGCGCAUCCCUGCAGGCAGCCAGCUGUGUUGAGAAAAUGCAGGAACUGAUCCUGGACCUGCUGUCCAGGUUGUGCGGGGCCCAAGCUGGAGCAGCGCGAGGAGGAGCGCAGAGGUUUGGUCGCCUGCUGGGCAGACUGACGGAGCUGCGAACCCUCUGCCACAACUACCUCCUCCUGACAAGACAGCAGUCUGGACACUGACAGUGAAGAUGUGCAAGAAAUUAUAAAAAUCUUCAGUCUUUUAUGUCUUCACUUCAAUUCAAAGACUUAUUUGUACAAACACUGUCUUAGAAUGGUUCUGAUUGGGUAUAAAUGGGACAGUGUAGGAGACAGUUACUCAGCUGUCUUUGUUUUCUCCCCUCAGUCCUGAGUCAUUAAGUUAUUUUAGCCUCUAUAACAGGACUAAGAUGCA